CUCAGAGAUUUGACCGACAUCGUCUUCCGGUGACCCACAAAAAAGCAGUACUACUAGUUAUACAGUUAUACGAUCCCCAAUAUUCGGAGAUUUUCUUUAUGUACAUACACCCCCAUUGGCCAAGGCAGGCAUAAUCGAAAUUGGAAUCUAGGUUCUGAACAAUCUCGAAAAAAACAGAAGGAAAACAACCAAUCUACAAGGGUGGCCGAAGCGUAAGAGACGCAAGCCAUGUAUAUGCAUCAGCUGAAUUUUGCAGAAUAAGAAGAUUGAGAUCAUAACCCAAAUUUGGAAAAUUGGGUGAGAAUUGGUUACAUCUGGAUUUCGCAGAGGAGAGACUUUGGGCUGAGUUUUGAUUUGCAAAUCUGUUGGCUGUAUAUAUAUAUACACACACACGACAAAGCAGGCUCUGCGUGUCAUUUGCGAUUCCUUGGAAAUAUAGAAAUCAACUUUUUGCGGUUUGGGAUUUGAUACGUGAAGUUCAUAUAUUGGGAAAUAUGGAAAGGUUUCUAGCGCAGGUGGUAUUGCAAAAUCAGGGUGGAGGAGGAGAAUCGCUGGCUGGGACUAUAAAGAUUGCUGUAUUACCCAUUGCAAAGGUUUUUACGAUUUGCUUCUUAGGAUUUCUUGUCGCAUAUUGUAAGCUCUUACCUGCUCCUGGAAGGAAGCUCUUAAAUGGGUUGGUUUUUUCACUUUUACUUCCGUGUUUGAUAUUCUCUCAACUUGGGCAAGCCAUCACUUUACAGAAAAUGAUUGAGUGGUGGUUCAUUCCUUUUAACGUCGUUCUGGCUACCUUAUCAGGGUCUUUAAUAGGCCUAAUUGUUGCAUCCAUCAUCCAUCCGCCGUACCCAUAUUUUAAGUUCACCAUCGUACAAAUCGGAAUUGGGAAUAUUGGGAACAUACCACUUGUCCUAAUUGCAGCUCUGUGUCGAGAUAAGUCAAAUCCUUUUGGUGACUCUGAGAAAUGUGCUCGAGAUGGGAAUGCAUACAUCUCAUUUGGCCAAUGGGUUGGUGCAAUAGUCCUAUAUACCUACGUUUUUCAUAUGCUCAAACCUCCUCCCGAAGGGACCUUUGACAUUGAAGACGUAAAGCUUCCUACAAAGAACCCUGCUAAGGAUAGUUCUCCUGAGCAAGUUCCCUUGGUUAAGCACGAGGUUGUACCUACAAUUUCAGAUGCUCCAAAGAAAGGAAAGAUCAAAGGUUUCUUAGAGUUUAUAUAUGUGAAAUUGAAGCUCAAUCAAAUCCUUCAACCCCCUAUCAUUGCUUCGAUUUUAGCAAUGGUAAUUGGAUGUGUACCCGUUCUGAAGCGAGUGAUUUUUACUACUGAUGCUCCUCUUUACUUCUUCACUGACAGCUGCACGAUUCUUGGGGGUGCCAUGAUUCCAUGCAUUUUGUUGGCUUUAGGUGGCAACCUUGUGGAUGGACCAGGGAGUUCAAAGCUGGGUCUACGGACAACAGGUGCUAUUAUUUUUGCGCGGUUGGUUUUGGUUCCUCCUACUGGUCUCGGCAUUGUCAUGAUGGCUGACAAGCUUGGCGUGCUUCCUCCUGAUGAUAAGAUGUUCAGAUUUGUACUUCUCCUCCAGCAUACAAUGCCCACAUCUGUGCUUGCUGGUGCUGUCGCCAGUUUAAGGGGGUGUGGGAGAGAUGCAGCAGCCGUGUUGUUUUGGGUUCAUAUCUUUGCAGUUCUUUCUAUGGCUGGGUGGAUCGUUCUGUAUCUCCAUUUACUCUUCUAAACACCAUCCUUCUGUGCGAAGGGGCUUUAUGAUUCUGUCCAAUUGAUGUAAUCCCCCUCAUAUUUUUUUUGGGGGGUCUUCCUCUAUUCAUUUUAGAUUAUGGUAACACGUCAUUGGCUAUGUCGUUUGUCGACAUCAUGGUUAUAGAAGGAGCCGGCUUCUCUGGAGUUCAGCAAGGGACAGCACGAGCCAUUUCCAGUCCCAUAUUUUUUCCAAGAUAGUCAGAUAUUAAUCGGAAUCAGAUUAAUGUGAUUUUUUCAUGGUGGUUAUACUCGACGAGCUCUGUAAUAUGGAACAAAUUGAAGGGGGCUGAAUCUUCCUCAAAAUUCCAAUUCUCAACAGACCGGGCUUUGGUCUUUUCAGGCUUUUACCUUUGUAUAACAAAUUUUUGGUUGACUAUUA